GUAUUUGGCAACACUGGAAAUUUAUUCAGAAAAAAAGUCAAAACAAACACUAUUGUUUACUGCAAAGAGCACAUGUUAAGUUAUCCAUUUUUGUUAUCGAAUUAAUUUAAAGAUUCUUUUUUGUGAUGAGUAGAAAUAUCUUCAGGUUGAAAUCUAAAUGGUUUGUUCUGGCUUCAGGUGGUAGUGCUGUAUUUGGAUUGUAUCAUUAUUUAAAACCAGAUGAAAUUGAAUGUCAGGUCUCUAUAAAUACAUAUUCACAUACUUCAACCAAGUGGGAUCACAAUUGGGACAAGCGAGAUGUUUCAAGUUUAAUAAAGCCAGUCAAACAUGAAAAUAAUCCUUCUGAUGAUAAGCAAUUUGAUGAAAAGAAAGCAAAAUUGACUCCAGUUGCAACAAGACAUAUCUUUCUUGUUAGGCAUGGCCAGUAUGAAGAUUGGAAAAAUGAUGAUAAAGACAGAAAAUUAACACCUCUUGGUCGUCAACAAGCUGCCAUUCUUGGACAACGAUUAAAAAGUCUGAAUUUCACAUAUACAAGAUUAAUUCGUUCAACAAUGACUCGUGCUAUUGAAACUUCAAAUAUAAUUUGCAAAUACUUGCCAACAGUUCCUGUGGAAACCAGUGAUCUCCUACGUGAAGGAAAUCCCAUACCUUCUGAGCCACCCAUUGGUACCUGGCGAGAAGAAUAUAAAUAUUAUGAAGACGGCCCUAGAAUCGAAGCAGCUUUCAGGAAAUAUUUUCAUCGUGCACCUGCUUCUCAAAAAUCUGAUAGCUAUGAGAUUGUUGUGUGCCAUGCUAAUGUUAUAAGAUACUUCAUAUGUAGAUUGCUCCAAGUGCCUCCUGAAGCUUGGUUGCGAUUCUCUUUAUAUCAUUGCAGUAUCACAUGGGUUGCAAUUGCACCAGAUGGCAAUGUGUGUGUUUUUUCUGUUGGAGACAGUGGAUUUAUGCCUCAUGAUAAAUUGACUAAAGCAUAGAAUUAACUAUUUGCCUUUUCUACUUAAAAGGAUGUAAUUUUAGUUUAUUUUUUUAUAUUAGUUACUACCUGACCACAAGCAUCAGAGCUUAUGAAAGAGAUGUGCAAAUAUAUCUAACAGAUCUGUCUUUUUUUAAACUCCCCUUAUAAAUUUUGUAUUUUCUAGUCACUAUUCUUAUUUUUUAAGAUGAAAAAAGAAAUGAGUGUUUUUAUUAUGACUUUUUCAAUGAAACAUAAAAUGUAUUCAUUAAUUUUUUAAAUGUAGUAUCUCUGUUUCCAUUUUUUUAAACUUUUAUAUCAUAAUUUUUGUGCAAUUUGUCUGGUCCAAAAAUUUUUAACAUGAAAUUUGAUUUGUGUAUUUUAUUAUAUUUGAGGGGAAGUGCAAAAUUAAUAAUUUUUAUUGUUUUUUUUCGGAAAGUACAAAUUUUUAAUAUUAUAUAAAGUUCUCUCCAAAAUUUAAAAAAAAAAAUUAAUGAUGAUAAUAAUUUUUUUCCUGUGUUUUUGAAACUUACUGCCAAACUGAAUACCUCACUUUACAUACAGUGGGCCACAAAAUUGAGUAUACACCUUAGAAACUUAGAGACUUUUUGCAAUUAUAAAUUAAAUAUUGCUUUAAGAUGAUUGAAAUUUUUACCUUAUAUACUUUAGUCUAUGCUUUACCAUACUAUACUAAUAAAAUUGUUACAUUUAUUUAUUUUUUACGAAAAAAAAAAUAAAAGAUCUGAUACGAGAGGAAAAACAACACCACAAAAAUAAGUAUACACCUUUAUUAAUUUCUUUUAACGUACAAAUUAAUAUUUUGUUGCAUAACCUUUUGCUUGAAUUACAGCUUGUAAUCUUCUGGGCAUAGAUUCUACUAGUGUUUUAGUGGUUUCAACAGAAAUUUUAGCCCAUUCUUCUCUCAGAACCUUCUUGAGAACUUCCUUGCUUGUGAUUUCGUGCUCAUGUACAGCUUUCUCUAAUUGCGACCACAAAUUUUCGAUGACGUUUAGGUCUGGAGACUGGGCUGGAUUGUGUAAUUGCUUCCUGCAAUGAUACAGCAAGUAUAACUGCACAAUCUUCGUUGUAUGCUUGGGGUCGUUGUCCUGCUGGAAUAUGAAGCUUGACCAAGGCCCCAACUUACUGGCACGUUUUUUCAAGUUAUCAUUUAAAAUCCCGAAACAUACAUGUUUGCCCAUAAUACCAUCAAUAAAAGCAAGCUCUCCAACUCCUCCAGCCGACAUACAACCCCAAACGAGGACAGAUCCACCUCCGAACUUGACUGUCUUAAUGGUGUUUUCAGGUGCCUGUGCUUUCUCAGCUUCUCUCCAUAUUUUAAAUCGUCCAUCGCUUUCGUAAAGAUUAAACUUACUUUCAUCAGAAAAUAUUACAGUGUUCCAUAAAGAAAUAGGCUUUAAACGAUGUUCUUUGGCGAAAAUCAUUCUCUUUUGUCUGUUCGCAUAAUUGAUGAGUGGCUUUCGUAUUGGUGUACGGCCAUGAAACCCAUAUUGGUGAAAGGUACGUCGAAUUGUUUCAACUGAGAUCUUUUUCCCGAUUGUAGAGGACAUCGAUAAAGCUAGUUUAGAGGCACUCACCCUCGGAUCUUUCUUUACUGAGUGAAUGAUCUUCCUCUUUGCUUUAGUACUCAGUAUUUCUUCACAUCCUCUUCCAUGAAUAUUGGCCACAGAUCCAGUUUUUUUAUACUUCUGUAGUAUUUUUUGGACACAACCAUGAGUUACACCAAUCAACGAAGCGAUUUCUCGAAGAGAUUUGUCCUCUUUCGACCAUUUUACAACCAAUAAACGUUCAGAUUCAGUAGUUUCUCGACGAGAGCUCAUUUUACGAUUUUUAAUAAGAAAAAAAAUAUUAUUUAAAAGCGUUGAAGUUCAAUAGCAUGUGUUAUAAGCAGCAGCUACUCCUGAAACUCUUGAAAGAAAAUUUGAAACUAAAAAAAGUGGUGGCAAAAUUUACAAAUAUAAGAAGUGUAUACUCAAUUUUGUGGCAUGGUUUUCUAUCUUUUCUUCGAAUCGCUUAACUUUUUUCGUAAUAAAUAACUAUAGAAUUGUGUUAUUAUAGGAUGGUAAAGCAGAGGUUAAAGUAUCUAGGAUAAAAAAAAAUUAUCUAUUUUAAAUCAAUAUUUAAUUUGUAAUUGGAAGAAGUCUAAAAGUUUUAGAGGUGUAUACUCAAUUUUGUGGCUCACUGUAUAUUGAGUUAAAAUAUAUUUGUGUUCUUGCAAGUACAGAUUCAGAGCUUCAAAGCUGCAAGAAAAAUUUAUCAAGUAUAAAAUAUUCUCUAUACAUUAAAAAAGAAUGUUUAAAAUACGUUUUGCAGUGCCAUAUGACUAUUACAGUUACUUAUAGGUGAAUUAUUAGUUUAGAAACAAGUUCCAUGCUCUGGACUAUUUUAAUCAUUUGGCAAUUAGAUUGAUCACCUAGAAUGCAGGAGGCAUUAUUUUUUUUUUUUUUCCAACUAAAUGGAAUUUGUUGAUUGAAACUGAUAAAAGCCUUCCUUCGUUCAAUUAGAGUUAAAAAAACAAAUGAUUGAUAUGGCAAUAAUGAUAUCAAUUGAGCAAACAUAUGAAGCCUAUCAAUGGAUGUCAGUAGAUUAGUUACAACAUUCACUUGAUCAAAAGCAUGAAAAAUUAAUUUAUCUAGUGCAAAUGAAAUAGCAUUGCAUAUUUCAUUUUAAUCGUAAAUGUAGUAUAAAUUUUAUUUUUGUCUUGAUAUUGCUUUUUUUUUUUUUUUUUUUUUUUGUAGGUGUGUGUGUGUUUAUGUGUUUGUAAAUUAUUGAUGUUUAAAAUAGUAUUUGAAAAAAGUUAUUGAACAAACGUUUUUUUCCCCCCACCCUUUUCAUUUGUAAUAUUGGAAUACUCUUUUUUUAUUAAUAUAAAAAAUAAGCUACUUUUUAAAAAAUGAAAUUUGUUUAUACUUGGCUGCUUGUCUUUAAGCCAGUCAUUUGAGUAUGUAUUCAUUAGAAAAUAUUCAUUAUGUUUUUUUUUUUUUAUUAUUAUUAUCAUUGCAAACAUAGUAUAGCUCUUGGUCUGGAAUUUCAUAGAUAUUAUGUGAUAUAUGUAUUUGUUAUAGCUGUACUUUAUCAUCAGUCUUAAAAUCAUUAAUGUAAAAAUUUAAAAAAAAAAAAAAAGGAAAAAAAUUAAAUUUUUGGAACUAUUAACACUUGAUGCCCAUUUGUUUCAUUCUUUUUUUAAAAAAAAAUGCUUUCAGGUAAAUAUUAAAAGAAAAAAUAUCUUUCUCGUAAUUUUUUGUCCCUUUCCUGCUAAUCCGAAAACACAAGUUGAAAAAUGUAUUUAAAGAUAUGCUUGUUUUACUUUUAAAAAUCUAUUUAUCCUUAUUUAAUCAAGUGUUUCAUUACAAAAGAAAAAUAAUAAAAAUGAAUAAAAGAAAGUUUAUUUAAGUAUUGUAAUCAUAGCAGUUUUUAGACAAUAGAAAUGGUAAAAGUUCUCUCUAUGUGCAUCAUAUGAGCACUCACAUUAAAUGAUCUUGUUUUUAGUUUUCAGCAAAAUUGCUUCUUGCUCUCGAUAUCUGAUAUUUUUGUUGUAGUUUCUUGAAAUAAAAAAAAUAUGAAGAAAAAAAAUGUCACACUUAAGUUGUACUUAUAAAAUGAUAAGCAAAUUAUUUAAUAUGAAUUUACAUCUAACCAUUUAAUUCUCUGAAUGAAAAAAUUUGGCAACUGUUUUGGAUUAAUGGUUAGAAAUAACUGAAAUAGUUAUGGAAUGAACUGUUGUUUGAAAAGGUGAGACUCCACUAAAGUUAUGUUAAGUGUUUUUUUUUUUUUUUGUGUGUGUGUGCAUUUUUUAAAAAAAUUUUAUUGCUCAUCUGACUUUUGAAUAUAAUACUAUUUGUUUUUAUGUAAAGAAAAGUCAGGAAACCCACAUAAAUAUUUUUUUCAUUAAAAUUUCUAUUCUCCAAUAAUCCCCCCCCCCAUUUAAAUUGUGCUAUAUUUGAAUAUUCUAAAAAUUCUUUCUGGCUAUGGCAUAUUUCACUUUGAAAUAUGUGAAAAAUUAAUUUCCUUAACAUAAAUAACAUUGAAUUUCUUUCUUGGAUCUUUGAUGGGAAUUUGUUUUAAAAAUACUUGGUAAUGGUUUUAAGUAAAGGUUUGGUGAUGGUUUUAGCACAAUGAUGUAUUGGUGCUGUUUUUAUCCUACAGAAUUAUAAUUUCACUAUUGUUUUUUAAUUUAUAAAGUUUUCUGGAAGUCUGCAACUUCUCUGAUUCUAAAAAUUUGUUUCCCAAGCUUUCAAAAUUACCGAAUUCUGUCUGUGUUUUUGUGACUAAGCAGUGUAUCGCAAUGCUUUAACCUUUAUUUCAAUGUAAAAUACAUCUAAUUUUGUUAAAACUAAAACGAAGAUGAAUUGCUUCUUCAAAUAUUUGUUGUUCAUAUUUUUCAUAAUAGAUUUAUGACAUAAGAAAAGUGUCAAAUCAA